CAGCGGCGGCGGCGGCGGCUGGUGCAACGUAAGAUCCACCUCAGCUCAACUCCGCUCACAUCCCAGCCGGCACUUUCUCACUUUCUCGAGUGGCUCGCCGCCACCCAACGUCCCUGCUUGACUGAGCCCUCCCCGGGGGCCGGCUUCUGCUAGACUCGGGGGGGCUCCGUUUUCUGACCUCCCUCGCGCUCGCCAAGAGGGGACUGAAUGGUUACACCGCGCACGUUGACUCCAGGAUGUUAGGGACUGUGAAAAUGGAAGGGCACGACGCAAGCGAGUGGAACAGUUACUACGCCGAGACCCAGGAGGCCUAUUCGACGGUGCCAGUGAGCAACAUGAAUUCCGGCCUGGGCUCCAUGAAUUCCAUGAACAGCUACAUGAGCAUGAACGCCAUGACCACCAGCGGCAAUAUGACGUCGGGCUCCUUCAAUAUGUCCUAUGCCAACCCGAGCCUGGGGGCCGGCUUGAGCCCCGGUGGAACCGGAGCCAGCAUGAACAGUAUGUCAGCCAUGGGGUCGGCCCUGAGUCCCGGGGGCAUGAACGCCAUGGGCGGCCCGCAGGCUUCGCUGAACGGACUGGGCGCCUACGGAGCCAUGGGACCCUGCAUGAGCCCCAUGGGCUACGCCUCCUCCAACCUGAGCCGCGGCCGCGACGCCAAGAGCUUCAAGCGCAGCUACCCGCACGCCAAGCCGCCCUACUCGUACAUCUCGCUCAUCACCAUGGCCAUCCAGCAGGCGCCCAGCAAGAUGCUGACGCUGAGCGAGAUCUACCAGUGGAUCAUGGACCUCUUCCCUUACUACCGCCAAAACCAGCAGCGCUGGCAAAACUCGAUCCGCCACUCGCUUUCCUUCAACGACUGCUUCGUCAAGGUCGCCCGCUCGCCGGACAAGCCGGGCAAAGGCUCUUACUGGACGCUGCACCCGGACUCGGGCAACAUGUUCGAGAACGGCUGCUACCUCCGGCGCCAGAAGCGCUUCAAGUGCGAAAAGCAAGCCGGGGCCAAGGGCGGCUCGGGCGGAGGCGAGGGAAGGAAAGACCCGGGCGGGGCCAGCUCUCCCUUGCACCGAGGCCAAGGCAAAGGAGGGCAGCUGGAGGCCGCCCCGUCCAGCCACAGCGCCGGCAGCCCGCAAGCCCUGGACCAAAACGGGAACGGAGCCGAGCUGAAGCCCUCCGUGGCCGCAGCGGCGGCUGCAGUAGCAGCCUCGGUCCCCGGCGGGCCCGCCUUGGCCCCCUUGAGUCACCCGGGCCACGCGCUGGGACCCCACGAGCCGCAGCUGCACCUGAAGGGCGACCCCCACUAUUCUUUCAACCACCCCUUCUCCAUCAACAACCUCAUGUCCUCCUCCGAACAGCAGCACAAGCUGGACUUCAAAGCCUACGAGCAAGCGCUGCAAUAUUCCUCCUACGGGGCCUGCCUGCCUGGCGGGUUGCCCCUCAGCAGCGCUUCCAUGGGCGGGAGGGGAGCCAUUGAGCCCUCGGCCCUGGAGCCCUCCUACUACCAAGGUGUGUAUUCCAGACCGGUGCUGAACACCUCUUAGCCGGCCGGGUGGGACUGGAGGGUCAAGCGAGCGGAAUCCUCCCUCCCGCCCUCGUCUGCGCCUCUCCUUAGAUCUCUGCCCAAACUGACCGUCCGCUUGCCUUCCCCCCCCCCCGCCUCCAGCCCGCGAUCCGUGCCACGGAAAACCGAAAGGCAAACGAAUCACACAGUAAGCGAAAGGACUGUUACUUUAUUCCCGGGGAGGCUCGGAUAAGGCAAGCCGCCCGUGCGUCCCGUUUCUCCGGUUUCGGCUUGACCAGUCCAGCAGAUCCCAGCCCGGCUCUCCUAGACGAGCCCUGUAUAUGUAUAUGUAUAUGUAUAUGUAUAUGUAUAUGUAUAUGUAUAUGUAUAUGUAUAUGUAUAUGUA